UUUUUUUGGACACGCCUUGUAUUCAUGACUUCACUGCGCUCGAGCAUUAUACACCCUGCCUACCAUACGCCUGCGUUGGAAUCGUGCUGCUUCAAGUAAAGCAGCCAUUUUUAUCAUCACCACUUUGCGUCGUUUCUAUUUUGCCUGUCUGCCUCCCCAAAAAGCGGUCUUUGGACGGCUGUUUACAUCUUACAUCAUAUAUCGGCAGAGCGGUGGGGACUGCUUCCCUUAACUUCUCCUUCCAUUCCGUUCUCCGCCUCCCUUGCGUUCUCUUCUUAUACAUAGACAACGCAAUACGCAAGCUUUUGUACUCUUUUGCGACAUAAAGCAGCUCUGUUCAUUCAGACCGAUCUCGUGCUCAGAGGCGCUGCUAUUCUAAAAAAAGAUGGCGACAUAUAGUAGCUCAGAGAACAAUCAGACCGUGGAUCGCAUGCUUCGGCAGCGGUCCAAGAUUGCAGCAGAGAUUCUGGAGACGGAGCGCACCUAUGUUGAGGGACUGGGGCUGAUAGAGAAGAUAUACAUCAACCCGCUGCUGGCAUCGGCGCAGACAGCGGCACCGAUUCUGACACGCAAGGAGAUGCGGCAGCUGUUUGCAAACUUUGCAGAUAUCAUAGCGCUGAGCAGAGAGCUGCUGCUGCAGCUGGAGGCGCGGCUGGGGGACGGGCAGUGGGAUGGGGCAACGGGCCAGGUGGGCGACAUAUUUGUGCGGAUGGCGCCGUUCCUGAAAAUGUACUCGCUGUACCUGCGCAACUUCCGCAGCGGCCUCGCGUCAAUCAGCCAAUGGCUCAGCUCGAACCGCGCGUUUGCCGAGUUCCUGCAGCGCGGCAACGCAGCGCCCGAGAGCCGCGGGCUGAGCUUCCAGAGCUACCUGCUUUUGCCCGUGCAGCGGAUCCCGCGGUACCGGCUUUUGCUGGACGAUCUGCUGCGCAACACACCGGCAGAGCACGUGGACUAUGCGAGCAUCACCGAUGCGCUGCAGACAGUCGAGUCGGUGGCGGCGUUUGUCGAUGCGACAAUCCAGGAACAUGAGAUGACGCUGGAGAUGCUGGAGAUCCAGCGCGCGCUGGGGCUCAAGGAGCCACUGCUGGCACCGGGACGGCGGCUGGUGCGGGCGGGCAGACUGACGAAGAUCUGCCGCAGGAGCCACCAGCAGCGGCAGUUUUAUCUGUUCAGCGACAUGCUGCUGUACGCGGGCGGCAGCGACUCGUCGGGGCACCGGCGCGUGCCGCUGGAGGACUGCAAGGUCAUGGAUGUGCCGGAUACCAGCACAUGCGCCCACCAGUUCACCAUCAUCAGCCGCGCCAAGUCGUUUGUGGUCUAUGCGGCCACAGGCGCCGAUAAGGCCGCAUGGCUGGAGGCGCUGGCGGGCGCCAUCACUGAGCGGCGGGCGGCACGUGACACGCUGCAGAUGGAUCGGUCGCUGCGUCGGCGGCUGCUGCGGGCCCGGCGCGCAACGAUGCUGCAGUUCCCGCGCGUGGCUGAGAGCUUCAGUGCGCCGGUCUGGGCGCCCGAUUCCAGCGCCGCGCACUGCUACAUCUGCUUCCGCGCGUUUGCGCUGCUGGUGCGGCGUCACCACUGCCGCGCCUGCGGCCAGCUGGUGUGCCACGCGUGCUCGCGCAAGAGCAUCGUCUUCGUGGCCGACGACAUGCAGCCCAGCGAGGCCCGCGCCUGCGACCAGUGCAUUGCACGUAUGUUCGGCCGCGGUGCUCUCGAGUCACCACCUGGGUCGGUUCGCAACCGCCACAGCCUCGAUCCCUCGGCCUUGCUCAGCACCCUGGCUGCGCUUGCUGGCAGUGCCAGUCCGCCACGUCUGGAGCCACGACUCGAGAUUACUGAGCCGCCACGCCUGGAGCCGCGGCCGAUCGGCCCGCCUGCGGCCCUGGCUGCGGCCUUUGCGGAGUCGCCGGUAGCGUGUCCGCGCAACGCUUCAAUGUGCUCUGACGGCUGCGCGUGCAUAGCCGGCUCGUUGCCUGCGCACCACCGCACCUCGGCCGACAGCAGCGCUGGUUGGGACCUGUUUGGCGCAUCCGUGCGCACGACUUUGUUUUGCGGCGGCUCGCCGCCCUCGACACUGUCGCGGAACCGCAUCUCGAUCAUCUCGUCGUCAUGCUCGACUGUCGUGUCGGAGCCCAUGGGGCGCUAUCGGAAGCCGCGUCGUCCCGUGGUGCUCAGCGAGGAGCCGCCUGAUUUCCAGCCACGAGCGACCCUGGUCAGCCCGCUGGCGCCACCCGAGCUGACACUGGCCAUGGCCGAGACCAGCGCUGUGCGUGCGCGCGCUGACACUAAUGCCACAUUGUGCGCGCUGUGCCAUGGCGGCUUUGCGGCGCUCGAAUCGCAGCACCAGUGCCAUGUGUGCCGUGCUCUGGUGUGCCCGCGGUGCAUUAACCGCCAGCUGCCUGUGCCCGGCGACACCCAUACCGAUGCGCUGGUGUGCGAUUCGUGCGUGAGCUGCCGGGACGACUGCAUUAAGCUGUUCCCGCUCAUGUCGCCGCAAGCCGCUUCUGACUCUGCCAAAUGGGUCUGAAAUUCCUGUGCACCUUUACUCAUUCAUCCAUUUCCUCUUUAUAUGCUGUUACUCAAUUCC